UCUCUCUCUCUCUCUCUUGUCCGAGUGAACGAAAGAUCCCGCCAAAGACACUGAGCUGAGAGGUGUUAGAAAUCAAGAAGCGUUCAAAAACUCUUCAUCUAAAGAAAGGUUCUGCGAAGAUGAGUACUAUGAAGUUUUGUCGCGAAUGUAAUAACAUUCUAUAUCCGAAGGAAGACAAGGAGCAGUCGAUUCUACUCUACGCUUGUCGUAACUGUGAUCAUCAGGAAGCAGCGGAUAACAACUGUGUUUACAGAAACGAGGUUCAUCACUCUGUAAGUGAACAGACUCAGAUCCUAUCCGACGUCGCUUCCGACCCUACUCUUCCACGUACCAAGGCCGUGCGUUGUGCCAAGUGUCAACACGGUGAAGCUGUCUUCUUCCAGGCCACGGCUAGAGGGGAGGAAGGAAUGACUCUGUUUUUCGUAUGCUGCAACCCGAACUGUAGUCAUCGCUGGAGAGAAUAAACCUAUCGAAGAUUACAUUUUUGGUCAAAUGCAACGUGUUAUUGAGCUCCUCUUUAAGAGGUUCAUACAUUGAAUUUGGAGUUUUAUGUGUACAAAUAUGAUCACUGUUGGGAAUGUUCUCGGGUUAUUGAACUUUCAGGGUCUUUUAUGAUCAUUUCGAUUUUUAAUUGGCA